AUCGACAUGCUGGAAAGUAACCUGAAUUAGCAUCUUUGCCCCUAGGUCUUGUUUCUGCUGUUACUGCUUAGAUAAUUGAAAGGCCAGUGCUUUCAGAUUAUACAUGCAUUUAUUUCUUGUUUCUGCUGUUUGCAAAUAUCAUUCUUAACUCAACUAUGCUUUGAUAACAAUCAAUUGAAAUCAUUUAUCUAAGUGGUUCCUUUUUCUUGAAUCAGUUCAGUUAAAACAGGCAGUGAUAGAAAAAUGUGGCCAUAGCUAGAUCCUUCUAAUAUCAUCCACAUGAUCCUAGGUCCACUCUUCAUCUUCUCCCUCGCAUAGUCUUCAAUUUUUUUACUUCUUUAUUGGAAGUAGUUGGCAUAAGGAUGAAUAAUCGUAAGCAAUGUGUAAGUAAUGUUGUGUCAUAAGCAUUGCCAUAUUACAAUAGAAAGAUAGCACUGCCAUGUGUUUAUGGAUGUUUUCUUUCCUUUUGUAUUUGAUUGGGCUAGCAGUUCUGAAAUUGUUUCUUAUUGAAACCUAAUAUGAAAUCAUAUUCAAUAGAGAACUUAGAGGUCCAUUAAUUAUAAAAUAAAUACGUCAUUUAACAAAUUUGAUUGUAUUUGUUACCUUAUGACCUUGACCAGUUCAUUCUCCCUUGCGAUUUUCCUUCAUGUUCUUUUACCGUUCUCGCUUUCAAUAAUUGAUUACAUUGUGAUGAUAUACAUUGUCUUUUCUAUGUCAUCUUACUUCAUUUUCUUCUUGCCUAAUUUGCAGCUUUGCUUUUAAUGCUGUUGAUGCAAGGAGUUCUGGGACAAAAGAGCCUGAACCAGACACAAAUGAUAAUGGAAACAGUUUGAAGGCUGGUGCUUUCUCCAGUUCAAAUGAGACAUUGUCUUCUUCUGUCUCAAAUACAACACCAGCAAUGGGCAUAUUCUCAUUUGGCAUCCCUACAAGUACUUCAAGUUUGAAUGGGUCACUUGCAGAUUCUAUACGGUCAUUUUCUUCCCCUGAUCCAGCUCUACUUCCUGAUAACAUUGCUGGCCAAAGUUCAUCCAGCAGCUCUAACAGCAGUGUCUUUACCACUCCUAUGUCUACUACAACUCCAAACACCACCAACAGUAGCAACAUUUCUGUAUCGGCUUCAGCACCUUCCUUUGAGUCUAAAUCUGCUUUCAAAUUUGGUUCCAGUCUGGUUUCGUCCACCUCAUCAAUGUCAUCGACACCAGCACCUAGUGGUGCAGAAUUGACACAACCCAAGAAGGAAACAAGCUUUAGCGAUCUAGUGAGUGCUCCUUUUGCCAGUACAUACUCUAUAAGUACUGGAGCCAGUCUCUUUGGUGGUACGUCUUCUGCAAUAGCGAGCAUGGGCAGUAAUAUUUUCAAUGAUACAUCAUCUGCAGUUGCAAGCACCGGAAGUAGCACUUUCACAUCCUCCUCUGUUGCAAGCACAGGCAGUGGUAUUUUUAGUUUCAAUGCUGGAUCAAGUACUUCAGUUGCAACUACUCAGUCUCAGGGUCCUUUUAGUGCUGGUAGUGCUCAGGCAUCUGGACCGGGGUCUGUUUUUUCUGCUACAACUCAGAGCAUGCCCAUUCAAUUUAGCUCAUCUGCAUCAUCUCCUUUUGGGUUGACUGCAAAUGUGGCCCCUUCUUCUGGAAGUUCCUUAUUCAGUUCUUCAACUUCUGUGAAUAAACUAUUCAGUUCUGGUGCUGCUACUUCUUUUGGAGUGGCCUCUUCUACUUCUUCAGAGGCAAACCCUGUUGGCUCCGCCUCAAGCUCCAUGUCAACAGUGUUUGGUUCUAGCUGGCAAACACCUAAAUCUCCUAUAUUUAAUUCUGGUUCUUCCUCUACUGGGUUUUCCUUUGGAGCAUCCUCAGCUUCUAAUGCUACCAGCACUGCAUCCAUGGUGUUUGCAUCACCUACUAGUGCUUCAUCUGGUACUGUUUUUUCCUUCAGCUCAGCUGCAACAGCUACUCCACAACCUGUGUUUGGUAACCCACAUCCUGCCUUUACUUUUGGGUCAUCUCCAUCUGGCAAUGGUGAUCAAGUGAACAUGGAGGACAGCAUGGCUGAGGACACAGUUCAGGCAACCACAUCUACAGUUCCUCUAUUUGGUCAACAACCAAUUGCGCCGCCAUCUUCUGGCUUUGUUUUUGGCUCUACGGCUGUGUCUGGGGGAAAUCAGUUUGGUUCCACAGCUCCAUCAGGGGGCAGUCAAUUUGGCACUACAGCUCCCUCAGGAACAAAUCCUUUUCAAUUUGCAACCCAGCCGAAUCUGGCGGCAUCACAGAACCAAUCUCCAUUUCAGGCUUCUGGUAGUCUAGAGUUCAAUGCUGCAGGGAGCUUCUCAUUGGGCUCAGGGGGUGGUGACAAGUCUGGCAGAAAAAUUAUAAGGGUCAGAAAAACUCAGCGGAAGAAGUGAACACCAAUCAUGAAGAGAAGUUGCUUUUCUCAUUAGACUGCCUGGGAGUUGCAAAUUUAUAGACAAAUAACUAUAAUGAUGAGAGUGAACAGCAUUAAUGUGUUAAUUGCUGUUGAUCAGCACAAAUUAUUCAAGUGAUGAUGCAGGUAAACCACCCUUUCCAGAUCUGGAAAUGUGCAGAGUCUGCAUGGUCUCCAGUUUCCCUCUCCUUGAGGAUGAGUUUCAUGAUCGCAAGGCAGACAUAGGUUGUCACAAUUUUGACCCAGUUUCCUUAGCAAAUCUAGGAAUAUUUGUGCUGUACUGUACUAGUAGCUCACCUGAUUGUAAGGUUGGGCAAUUUGCUAGUGACCUUCUUCUCUGUACUUGUCACAUGUAAUGUAACAUAAAAGAGAAAUUGAUGUGAAUUUGCUUAAGAAAAGCGUCAUUACUGGUUUUCACAA